AUGACACCCGUACGUCAGAUUCCAGAGCGUGGUAGCAUUGACGAGACCCCCAGACCAGCCUGCAACUCUUUGGAGAACCAGGACUCUGAAAAUACCAGCGCGUCCCCCGUGAGAACCAGGAGCUCAACUAGGGUAACUGAGGCUGGGAGCCCUGUACCCCGGCUUAGAUCUUCUAUGAUGAAAGAUCUCAUCGCUAUUAAGGAGGAGGGUGAUCAAGAUAAGAUAGAAAUACCCCAGGUAAAGAAAAUUAUCUGGCCUGAUCGAGAUGAUCGCACCUCUAUUCAUGCAGAACAGAUGCACUGGAGUGUUAAUUCACUUCCAGACAUUCUCUAUGUCCUGAAACCCACCUCACAGCAUGCUAAAAGUAGGAAGUCUAUCAAGAUAGCUUCCUUUGAAAUCUUUGGCAAGCCCGUUCGAGAAUUCGCGGUUCUGCCGCGUCAGAUCUCAUCCCGGGUCGAAGGUUGGAGAAUGGAGGCGUGGCUGCGACUGGAUCGCCGCCUCACUGUCAAGGAUAUAUUGGAGCGGAUUGACCCCAAAUACAACAUCAGCGUCGAGCAGCUGGAAAGACGCCGCAAGUUCUUUCGGGACACAUUUCAUGUUGCCUGCUGGGGUCCCAUUAAAACCACCUCUGAGAUCAGUCUAAGACUCAGAGAGGCAGGUAUCGAACCGGCGCUGAACACCACCAGAGGCCUCACUCCUGGCCUGAUCGACCCGUCUCAGGGUGAAGCCGGAGGACGCAUUCCCAUCCCCGUAUCGGACACUACCUUCUUUGGUCUCGACACCGUGCGCCUUGGGUGCGAUGAUUCAGGCGACACGGACGCCGGCGAGGCUCCACGCCAGCCCUUGACCAGGGAUGGUUCGCCGACUCCUCGUCCUUCAAACGAUAUCACUUCCCCCAGAUCAGGAACUUUGCUCGGCUCCUCAGUGAACGAGUCAGAGAGUGGAGAUACUGCCUCUUCAACCAACGACGAGAACUCCCUAACCUACAACUAUGGAGACGAAGACUGGGAGCUUGCAUAUCACCCUGGAGCACCUGCCAGCGGCUUUUCCCCAGACGACGAAGACGAACAGAGCGAGCACGAGACUACUCUUGAGGAGUACCUUGAAUCCAACCAUAUCUCCUAUGAAGAGUACAUUGCGCGGGACUUUGACAUUACGGCCGUGAGCAAGGCCGUUCCUCCCAAGCCUCGGACCCCCAGACCAUCUGAUAUUUGGAAGAUUGUGCUUGAUUCUUAAGAGACUCUUCACGUGUGCAGACUCGAGCAUGGGCUGCAAAUUUUCUUUUUCCUUUUUUUGCCCAGCUUCAUGUGUGUUGCUUUUGCUCUUUUGAUAUUUGGUUUGGUCAUCUUGAACCCAAGGAGCUAGGGGGGUGAAGACUGGAGCAUCAGAUAGUUGUUGUCAUUGCCAUUCAAACAUAGGGAUUUGGUUUGCGUCUUUGCUUCACUGUAG